ACAAACAGCUACCGAUUGAAAUGCAACACAAACAUGCUAAGCUAGGCCUCCGAUCAUUUAACCGUGUAUAAAAUGUUUAACCUUUUUUUUUGUAUAUACGUCUUUUCUAAUUUCCUUCUCGUCUCUCCCGAUCUCUCUCUCUCUCGCAGGUGCCUAGUUACGACCUGAGCAGGCGCAGACCACGAUGAAUACGGAGUCAACAGAUUCAGCAACGCAGAUGUUCACCACUAUAUAUACAGUCGAGAUAACCGAGAUGCUCACUUUCCACGAGAACGAGACGGUGGGCGAGCCAGGCCCCGGAAAGAACAACUGGCUCCCGAUGGAGUUCCAGAUCGGCGCGCUUUGGUUCCUGUUCGCCCUAGGUGUUCUCGGAAAUCUACUAGUGUUCCAAUGGAUGCGGUUCAAUAGGCACCGUAAAUCAAGGGUCAACACUAUUGUUCUGGGUAUAGCUAGUGCAGACUUAUCGGUCUGCCUCUUUGCUAUAUUGGCCACGGCCAUCAUCGAAACGACGGCGGUGUGGAACGCCGGGAAUGUCCUCUGUAAAAUCGUCAUGUUCUUCCAGGGAGCUGCGCUUAUAAGCAGUGGGAAUAUGAUUGCCGUGAUGGCCAUCGACAGACACCAGGCUGUACGCAGCCCUCUCAGUGCGUUCGUCCCCGCAUGGAAGCUUGUCGCCGGUGGCUGGACGAUCGCCGCGGUGCUGGCCUUACCGCAAUUCCUCGUGUGGCUCGUCAAGGAGAGAGACGGUCGGGAAUACUGUGGUACAAACCUGCAGGGGCAACUGCCUCGCACGGCGUACCUGACGUACGUCGCCUUUAUAACGUUCCUGAUCCCGUUUGUCGUCAUCACCGUGGCUUACGUACGGCUGUGCAAGACAAUCUGGGACAAGGCCCGGGAGUGUUCGGGCAAGAGACGCGAAGGGCAGAUCGAAUUGCGUCGUGUGCCCACAGGCACCCUGACCAAGGCCAAGAAGAAGACUCUGAAGAUGACAAUAGUCAUCAUCGCCGCCUUCGUCCUAUGCGGCUCCCCGUACUUCAUUGUCGAGAUGCUCAAAACCUAUCAUGUGGUAACGAGUAACGUAUACCCCCUAUUCAGUAUCUUUGCCGUGUCCAACUCGGCCGUCAACCCGUAUGUGUUCCUUUUCUUUAAUGUCUCAUUGCGAUUCUGGAAGGAUAUGUUUCCAUGCUUCGCCAAGCAGAGUCCCGAGGCCACGUACAACCGCUACUCGGUGAAGUUCUCCUCGUCGAAUUCACGGCAACAGUCCAAGUCGUUCAGUGAUCCGACUACGCGCGUUACGGACAUUGAAUCUGGAGUAACUAUCAACUGCACGGACUGAAUUGUCAAGGAGCUGCAAAACGAAACCGAGCGACGCAUUACGUCGGUGGGAAACAACCGCCGUCAAUGCGAUUAACCGUCAUCAAGCCCCAAGAGAAAAGAGACCCAUGUCUUACUUAAAGUUCCAACGACGUGUCCGCCCCUUGAUGCUGAAAAUAAUGUGCAUUGGUUACACGUUCCAACUUAGAAUCUGUGUGACCUUAAAUCAUAUUCAUGGCUGAACAAAACAAGUUGCUGGUUCAGUUUUCAACAAUUCAAGUGUUUGGAAAACGUAAAAAUGUGAGAGCCCUACGAGUGAUAAGAAAAAUGGCAUAUUUAAAUUUCACCUUAUAGAUUAAUGCUAACUUUCAGUUUCAGUUACCCCGAUGUCAUUUCGAAAGAACUCAGUAAUGCAAUAUUUUCAAAGACGAUGGCGGUCGUCGUUUUCCCAAUACAAGGGAGUUUUUAGUUUAUAUAAAAGCGCAUGAAAACGAGUUUCUUUGAACGAUGGUUUUGCUUUUAAAAAUGAACCAUGAAUUAUCUUAAUUGUUAGGACCAAAUGAAUUUGGUAAGAAAUAUUUCAUGUGUGAUUUGGUUUGUGUCUGUAUUUCUUUAAUAUUUUUAUUUAAGUAUUUAGUUUGCACAUGCUCACAAAUUCAACCAAUGAAUUGAAGAAAACAAACGGCUCUGACUUGAACUACUCGAAAUAAUAAGGUAAUUUACAGUUAUACUGAAUGUAACUGACAAUGCAUCAAGUUUUGACUACAGAUAAAAAGAAACACAAAUUGCUCACAAUCGUAAACAUGCAGGGGCUAGGUUGACAUCACAGUUAAAAAAAAACAAAAAAAACAGUGAGUUCUAAAAAGCUAACGAUGCGACCAGUUUUUCAACAUCUAAAAAAUGCAGCUGAAUUCCUUUAUUUAAACAAAAUGUAAAUAAUUAAUGAACUGCAGUUUCUCAGAUCUUUGUUCCGUGCACCUCCCACGAUGAGAUGGAGUUUUUUUCAUAGCAGAGUGCACAAAAGCAUACAGUUGUCAACAGUUGUAAAUAUAUUGUAUAUUGUAAUUAAGCAUGCGAGGUUAAUAUUUGAAUUAUACCAAAAAAAGUUGGAACUUCAAGAAAGAGUAUUUUUCAAUUACGAUGACUUGCCUUAUGUAUUCGAAUCCAAGAUGUACAUAAACAAAAUGUUUGUUUUGGAGUUUCCAUAAAUUUUAAAUUCAAUUAUUUAUUGUUACCUCUACCGAGGUAGGUCAUAUCUGAACUUAGAAAUAUGUUAUGGUGUAUGGUUAUUCGAAAUAAUGUUGUAGUUUUUAGUAGUUUUGCUUCUAGCGAUAUAUCUUUGGGUAAGAAGUAAAGAAGUAAACCACAGCUAAAUAAAAAUAAAAUAAAAAAAAAGUUAAUAGAAAAAUACAAAAUACUCCAUUAUUUGAUGUAGGCUUAAUAUGCGCACAGUAUAGCAGCAUGGAACAACAAGGGACUGUUCCAUUUCACAGGGCGAUUAUUUCAUUAUUUCAAGGCGAUGAGAAUAUUAUGAACUCUCAGAAAGAUAGGUUAUUGCAGUGGUGAAUUUUGAGACCCAUUUAGUUAGCAUAUUAUAAGGGUUUACAAGG